AUGGCCCUCGAAUCGCCCUUGACCGCCCGCAUCGCCCUGAACAAUGGCCUCUCAAUGCCUCRCCUUCAUCUGGGGGUAUACCUCAUGUCAGGCAAUGAAGCCUCCAAAGCCGUUGAUCACGCUCUGGAUGCCGGAUAUCGAGCUGUAGAUUCCGCUCAAAUGUACCACAACGAGCGUGAGGUUGGCAAUUCUAUCUUGUCAUUCUUGAAGAAAAAUCCCAAUGUGAAGCGAGAGGAUAUCCACUACACUUCCAAGUUGGCGAGCAAUUCCGAUUAUGCACGAGCGAGGAAAAGCAUCACGCAGAGUGUGAAAGAGUGCGGCUUGGGAUACAUCGAUCUCUUUCUCCUUCAUAGUCCGUAUGGUGGUCCACAGGCUCGAGCAGACAGCUGGAGGGCCCUAGAAGAUGCGAUUGAAGCAGGAGAAGUACGUUCGGGAGGCGUGAGCAAUUAUGGAGAGAAGCAUAUCAAUGAGCUUCUCUCUCUUCCCAAUCUUCGCGUCCCACCCGCGGUGAACCAGAUUGAGGUUCACCCUUUCAACACUCGCUCUUCUCUUGCAGCAUUGUGUCAAUCGAAAGGUAUUGUGGUGGAAGCAUACGCGCCGCUGGCAAGAGCGCUGAGGAUGAAGCAUCCCGUGGUUGUGGAGUUGAGUAAAAAGUAUGGAUGUACACCUGCACAACUUCUGGUGCGAUGGUCUCUCCAAAAGGGAUAUGUGCCAUUGCCGAAGAGUGUGAACAAAGACAGGAUUGCGGCCAAUGCAGAUGUGGGUGGUUUCGAGAUUGAGGAAGGAGAUUUGAAGACGAUGGAUGGGUUGGAUGAAUACUUGGUGACGGACUGGGAUCCUACCGAUACUGAGUAG